AGGGACAGCAUACGCUCCAUCUCUCUUUGCUGCUCCUUAUUCUCGGGAUUUCUCGUGGCAAAAAAUGUCAAUUUUCAAAAGAACUUAUUCAGAUCAGUCUCAACAGCAGCGAUAUGACGUUUAUCAAUUUUGCGCAAGACAACAUGAGGCUGCGCUCCCUGUCUCCAUGGAACUACAGACUGGAUGAAGAUGAAAACCGACAUCCUCCUGUCAUCGCUCACGCUAUAUGUCGCCAUGACUGGUGCCUCGACCCAGAGGGCAACAAAGACCUCAGCAAGAACUCCAUCCCCAUCACACAGAAUAUGUUGGUCCUCCGUCGGGAGGUCACGGACUGCCAGCAGAGCUUCCGCCUGGAGAACCAGCUGGUUACUGUGGGCUGUACCUGUUCUACACCCAAUGUUCAAGUUGUUACAUAGACUACCUGGGACAUCAAUGCCAACAAGGAUACCAUGAAGUUUACUAAGAAUUAGAAAAGAAAUUACGGCCGACACUCAUCAUUGUCUUUAGACUGUUUUUUGUGUCUAGAAAAGGCGCAAAAAAGGCGCCAGCAGGGUUUAUUUGGGCCUUUUGGUUUACACAUUUUUGCUGAUUUUGAGUUGCAAUACACUGAUUUUGGCAAUACACAUGAUAUGGAAGAGGUUUUUGAUUUGCGCCUUUUUGCGAAAAGGCGCAAAAAAGGGGCAAAGCAACUGAAAAGUCUCUAAAACUACACUAGCCCAAACUUAGCUUAGAUUUUUGGUGUUUGUGAAGAGAAAAAAUUCAGAAAAUGUGACCUGCACAAAAUUUAUCAAGUGCUCUGCGA